GGAUAUCCGUCAACUCUUCGCGUCCAAGUUACCAUGGUUUGCGACAUGUAAAAAGAUUUACGGCGUUGUUUAUUAACUCCUAUUUGAACUCGUGUGGACGAAGGGCGAAGUAACCAGCUAUCGACACUACUUAAUUGCAAGGAUUUAUUGACAAGGGACAUUAUAAUUGAAGGCUGCUACGGUCUCAGGCAGUGACAUGGCCAACCCUCUGAGGAGUGAGGUUAGACAGCUGUACAAGAAUCUCCUGUUUUUGGGACGGGAAUACCCCAAAGGCGCAGACUACUUCAGGGAACGUCUGAAGGGUGCCUUUAUGAAGAACAAAGAUGUCACAGACCCUAAGGAGAUCAAAAAGCUAGUCGACCGUGGGGAGUUUGUGAUCAAGGAACUGGAGGCCCUGUACUAUCUGAGGAAGUACAGAGCCAUGAAGAAGCGUUACUACGAAGAAGAAUUGUCCGCCGAGCUGAAUAUAGGCAGACCGGUAGACUGAUAGCCUAGCUAUUUGGUGGCUGAAUCUUCAGUGUGCAAGUUUUAGUUUAGCCGUCCCUGAACAAGAGUGUUAUUAGCAACACAAACGUCCUUAAUUAAACACAAAUGUUAGGUAUAUAUUACAGACAGGUGUUAUGAGCUACACUUGCCACCCACCUCGAGUUGUGGAAUGACAUCCACCAAAUGACUUCAUACAGUUCAAAUGACUACAGUUCUCUCGUGUACAUAAUUGUAAAUAAUACAUGAUAGAAUGUACAAUGUAAUUUAAUUAUAUAAAUGAGACACGGCUAUUACAAAUGAAUGUUUAUUUUAAAUGUACAACACUGAUAGUCCUAUUUUUGAAAUAAAUGAGAAACGUAAGUCAAGUCAAAGAUAUUUAAUUUUUAACAAUCCUAACUUUACGUGUCUUUUCAAGUCGAUGUGAUGUAGGCUACUACAUACAGUACCUUCAGAAAGUAUUCACACCCAUUGCCCUUUUCCACAUUUUGUUGUGUUACAGCCUGCAUUUAAAAUGUAUUACAUUUAGAUUUGUUUGUCAGUGGGCUACAGAAAUUACCAUAUAAUGUCAAUGGAAUUACCCUAUAAUGUCAAUGGAAUUAUCUUUGAAAUGAACAGAUUCAUUAAAAAUAAAGCUGUCAUGUCUUGAGUCA